AUGGAACAAAUUUCACGCCUCCUAUUAAUCCUGCAGCCGUCUCCUGCCACAGUCACAGAUGUGGAGGCCAUUCUGCAAGAAUUUCAGGCUCUGACGGAUUCCGAAAAGGAUGUUCGCCGUCUAACCACGGCCGAAGCUGUUUUCCCCUUGGUAUUUAGCGAUGAUGCCAGUCUUCGGGCCGACUCUACUUUCCCCAAGAGGAACAACACUGUCUGGUCCCUCAAUUGCCAGCUCUCCCCUGGAGUGAUCGUCGUUCCCCGCACGAGCCAGGAUGUCGGUAAAGCCCUUGCCCUCUGCCAAGCCCUGGGAAUUAAGUUCUCUAUUCGCGGUGGUGGCCAUCUCCAGAACCCUGGGUUCACAAGUAAUGAUGGAGGGGUCGUGAUUUCUAUGAAGAAUUUCAACGGUGUGACCGUGUCGGAAGAUCGGUCCACAGCUAAUAUUGGUGCGGGUCUCACCUGGUCGCAGGUCUAUCGCGAUCUCGACGCGCACGGGCUGGGAGUUACUGGAGGACGUGUCCCCGAAGGCAAGUAUGGCCUCAGUUGUAAUGGAAUUGUGGAAUAUGAGGCUGUCCUUGCGGAUUCGACCAUUGUUAAAGCAAAUGCUACCGAAAACAAAGACCUUUUCUGGGCUCUGAGAGGCGGGGGCGCGAACUUCGGCAUUGUAACCAACUUCACAAUGUCGACGCUGCCCAGCGAAGUAUGGGCCGAAGUCCGAGUUUUUGCACCUUCUCAAGAAGACGAAUUACUCGACGCUAUGAUGCGUUUCCAUGAGGCAAAUGAGAAGGACCCCAACGCGUCUCUGAUUUUCAAUGCCGUCCCCGGGGCCACCUUGCUGGUGCUUGUUUACGCCGAGAGCGUGGAUGAGCGACCGGCUGUCUUUGACGCCUUUGAAAAUAUCGAUGCGAUCGCAAAGAUGCUGCCAGGAAAUAAAUACACAAUUUUCCAGAUCAUGAGCGCGUUAGAAAGCUCAAUUGCAACCGAACCGAAGAAGUAUACCUCUCCCCCUUCAACCUUGGAAGGCUCACACUCCGGAUGGCUGUCUGACACUCUUUUCCUUACCAGCCACGACAUGCGGACUAUGUCAAGCUUGCCUGAUCUGGAGGUUUAUAGAGCUGCAAAUAAAUGUCGCUACCAGCAAGAAGAAUUAAUCAAGCACAUACCCGGCCUCAAAAUUACGUUUGUUAUUCAGCCCAUCUCGUCGAAUGCGAUCAAAGCCACAAAUUCAGGCAUUGGUUCUCCCCUGGGCGUUUCGGAACAACAUCAACAAUGGUUUCUUCUCAUGACCGAGUGGUCCAAUCAUGAGGACGAGGCCGCUGUGCGCGACGCUGCUCGUAAAAUUGUCGACGUUGCUGAGACCACCGCGAAAAAGAAUGGAACAUUCCUCACCUUCAAAUAUUCGAACUAUUCCUCCCGAGACCAGGAUCCCCAUUCAAGUUAUGGCGCGGAAAACCUUGAAAGAUUGAGAAAGGUUGCAAGUAAGGUCGAUCCUAAGGGCAUAUUCCAAAGCUUGCAAAAUGGCGGCUGGCUGGUGAGCCAAGUAGGAAGCAAAUCAUGA